CUAAUCAUUUCGUAGUUUGACACCGCGUGCCAUGGAAUUCUCAACCUCAAGCUCUAUUUAUAGUCUUCCACUCUCAGUCACUGACACGCUCGAUACGCACAAUUCCAUGCCUCCUGAGCUAGACUAAACGAAUCCAUCGAUCGAUCGCCGGCACGGCCGCGCGCAUGCUGGAUGGCGACGGUGAGGAAGCUGGUGGUGGAGGUGGUGGAGGCGCGGAACCUGCUGCCCAAGGACGGGACGGGGACGUCCAGCCCGUACGCGCGCGCCGACUUCGACGGGCAGCGCCGCAAGACGCGCACCGUGCCGCGGGACCUCAACCCGGCGUGGAACGAGCCGCUCGAGUUCAACUUCCCGGGCCCCGGAUCCGGCGGCGUCGACCCCGUCGCCGGCGAGCCGCUCGAGAUCGCCGUCUUCCACGACGUGCGCGUGGGGCCCAGCCGCCGGAACAACUUCCUCGGACGCGUCCGUCUCGACGCGCGCCAGUUCGUGCGCAAGGGCGAGGAGGCGCUCAUCUACUUCCCGCUCGAGAAGAAGAACUUCUUCAGCUGGGUCCGCGGCGACAUCGGCCUCAAGGUCUACUACCUCGACGAGCCCCUCGUGCCGCCGGAGCCUGAACCGACUGCCAACGAUCCUCCUGCAGCCGAUGCUGAGGCGGCGAAAGAUGUGCCGGCGCCCGCGGACCCACCGCCGGUGCAGACAGAGGAGCCGAGCCCGCCGGCAGAGGUGCCAGCAGCAGAGGCAGCACAAGGAGCACCACAGGGAGCUGGUGACGAAGCCAGCACAGAGAAGCCACCGGAAGCUGGCACGACAGCGCCGACUCCGGCGACGGAAGAUGCGCCUGUAAUGAGUUCGGAAGCGGUGCCAGCUGCGGACGGAGCGGCGUCGGAGAGCCCGCCGGAAGAAGAGGCCCCAGCGCCUCCACCGAUCCCGACGCCAAUGCCAAGGCAGGUGCCGGUGCCGCCGCGUGCAGCUCCGCCACCACCGGACGUGCCGAUGGAGCGAUCCAAGCACGACCUGGUGGACAAGAUGCCGUUCUUGUUCGUCAGGGUGGUCCGCGCGAGGGGCUUGCCGGCGAGGGCGCAGCCGCACGUGCGCGUGGCAGCCGGCGGCCGCCACGCGUGUACCAGGGAGGCGCGCCGGGGCGCCUUCUUCGAGUGGGACCAGACCUUCGCCUUCGCGCGCGACCCGAGCAUCGACUCGCCGGGCCCUACGCUGGAGGUCUCUGUGUGGGACCUCCCACCCGACGCCGACGUCUCCGUCGCCGACGACCGCAGCUUUCUUGGUGGGCUCUGCUUCGACACCGCCGACGUGCACGCGCGAGACCCGCCCGACGGGCCGCUCGCCACGCAGUGGUACAGGCUGGAAGGAGGGCGCCGCCUCGCCGGCGCUGAUCUGAUGGUUGCCACUUGGGCUGGCACACAGGCCGACGAGGCCUUCGCCGAGGCGUGGAAGGCGGACUCCCCGGCAUCGUCGUCGUCUUCAGCCGCCGCCGCUUCGCGCGCAAAGGUGUACGUCUCGCCCAAGCUCUGGCUCCUGCGCAUGACCGUCAUCGAGGCGCAGGACACGCUCACGGCGGCGCCGCCCCGCGAUGCCGGCAUCAAGGUGCGCGGUACCCUGGGGUUCCAGACCCUUAAGACCCGCACCACGGUGGUCACCCGCAACGGCGGGCCGGCGUGGAACGAGGACCUGGUGUUCGUGGCCGCCGAGCCGUUCAUCGACGACGACUGUUUCGUCAUCUCCCUCGAGGUGCGACACGGCAAGGAGGCCUUCCCCGUGGGCUCAGCGAGCAUCUCGCUCGCGUCCAUCGAGCGGCGCGUCGACGACCGGAAGGUGGCGUCCAAGUGGCUGGAUCUGCUUCCGUCCGACGAGGCCAUGAGGAAAGUGGGCAAGAGGACGGCCAUGCACAUGCACGGCGGCCGGCUGCACGUGCGCGUGUGCCUCGACGGUGGCUACCACGUCGCCGACGAGCCGCCGUACGCGAGCAGCGACUUCAGGCCGUCGGCGCGGCAGCUGUGGCGCCCGCCCGUCGGCGUCCUGGAGCUUGGCAUCGUGGGGUGCAAGGGCCUCCUGCCGAUGCGCACAGCCGAAGGCAAGGGGUGCACGGACGCCUACGCCGUGGCCAAGUACGGGCCGAAGUGGGCGCGCACACGCACCAUCUCCGACAGCUUCGACCCGGCGUGGAACGAGCAGUACACGUGGCCCGUGUACGACCCCUGCACCGUGCUCACCGUCGGCGUCUUCGACGACCCGCUGCCGUCGCUGCCGCCGGACGGCGGGAAGGACGGCGCGUGCUCGCGGCCGAUGGGGAAGGUGAGGAUGCGGCUGUCCACGCUGGAGAACGGCCGCGUGUACCGAGGCAUGUACCCGCUGAUCUUGAUGCUGCCCACCGGUGCGAAGAAGAUGGGCGACGUCGAGCUGGCCGUCCGCUUCGCCACGUCCGGGACGGCGCUUGACGUGCUCCACAUGUACGGCCAGCCGUCCCUGCCGGCGAUGCACCACCUGCAGCCUAUCCCGGCCAUGAGCCGCGAGACGCUGCGGCUGGCUGCUGCGCGCAUCUCGUCGGCGCACCUGGCGCGUGCCGAGCCGCCGCUGCGGCGGGAAGUGUCUAUGUGGAUGCUGGACGCGGCGGAGCCCCGCGGGUUCAGCAUGCGGAAGCUGCGCGCCAACUGGAACCGCGCCGUGGCGGCGCUCUCGUGGGUGGCCGACGCGGCGCGGUGGGCGGAGGACACCCGGUCGUGGCGGAACCCGACGGCGACGAUGAUGGCCCACGCCGUGCUGGUGCUCCUCGCGUGGCACCCGGACCUCGUCGUGCCGACGCUCACGCUCCACGUCGCUGCCGUCGGCGUGUGGAAGUACCGGCGCAGGCCGCGCGCCCCAGCGCCGCACCCGUGCGUGCGCGCGUCCAUGGCGGAGACGCCGGACAGGGAGGAGCUGGACGAGGAGUUCGACACGAUACCGAGCGCGAGGCCGCCGGAGGUUGUCCGCGCGCGGUACGACCGCGCCAGGAUGGUCGGCGCGCGGCUGCAGGCCAUGGUCGGCGAUGUGGCGACCCAGGCGGAGAGACUGCAGGCGCUCGUGUCGUGGCGAGACCCGCGAGCAACCGGGAUGUUCGUGGUGCUCUGCGUCGUCGUUGCCAUCGUGCUGUACAUGGUGCCCAUGAAGGUGGUGGCCGUGGUCGCCGGGUUCUACUACCUCCGGCAUCCCAUGUUCCGGGACCGGAUGCCGGCACCGGUGAUCAACUUCUUCCGGCGGCUGCCUUCUAUGUCUGAACGUAUCAUGUAGGAUGGAUCCCACGAGCAGUGUCAGUGCGGCAUGAGUAUGGUCAUGCAUACUGUUCUCAGGGCAGGCGCCAUGGACUGCAGCUCCGAGUUUGCAUAUUGUCGUAGCAAUUUCUAAUUUCUAUGCUAGAACAAUAAAAUUUGUUACUACUACAGCAUCGUUUAGUAUGAAACACAUGUCAGCCUCGCUUCAAGCCAGUUGUGAUGAUUCUAUUUAAAUUACGGUUCAUCUUGCAGUG